GCAAAGUUUGUGGCGAAGCCGGCGUCGGGCAGAGCGCUCCCCAGGGGAGAUCCAGGAGCUCUCGAUGUCGGGCUGCGGGAGUCGUUGACCCGGGGACGCCGCGGUUCGGGGCAGCAGCGUGGAGCAGCCGGCCGACCGCCGCCUCUGGUGCAUGGGGGACCGGCUGAGAAGCCAGCAUGGGCAACUGCGUGGGGAGACAGCGCCGGGAGAGGCCGGCUGCUCCGGGACACCCCCGCAAGCGAGCAGGUCGCAAUGAGCCCUUGAAGAAGGAGCGGCUCAAGUGGAAGAGUGACUAUCCCAUGACUGAUGGGCAGCUGCGGAGCAAACGAGAUGAGUUCUGGGACACAGCACCUGCCUUUGAGGGCCGCAAGGAGAUCUGGGAUGCCCUCAAGGCUGCUGCCUAUGCUGCUGAAGCUAAUGACCAUGAGCUGGCUCAGGCCAUCCUGGAUGGAGCCAGCAUCACCCUGCCUCAUGGAACUCUUUGUGAAUGCUAUGACGAGCUGGGUAACCGCUAUCAACUGCCCAUCUAUUGCCUGUCCCCACCUGUGAACUUGCUGCUGGAGCACACGGAGGAGGAGAGCCUGGAGCCUCCCGAGCCCACCCCUAGUGUGCGCCGUGAAUUCCCACUGAAAGUGCGCCUCUCCACAGGCAAGGACGUGAGGCUCAAUGCCAGCCUGCCUGACACGGUGGGGCAACUCAAGAGGCAGCUGCACAGCCAGGAGGGCAUUGAGCCAUCCUGGCAGAGAUGGUUCUUCUCUGGGAAGCUGCUUACAGACCGCACAAGGCUCCAGGAAACAAAGAUUCAAAAAGACUUCGUCAUCCAGGUCAUCAUCAACCAGCCCCCACCACCCCAGGACUGACGGACUGACGGACUGACGGCACCAACUCCUAGGAAAAGAGGCCAUGGGGGGCCCUGCAGGCUGUGGGGCCCAGUCCUGCCGCCUUCCAGUGCUGCUGUCUUCUUCAGGGGCGCCUCCCACCGCCCUGCUGUAUGGCUCUUAGUGAGCUGCGAAGGGACUUGCCCUCUGGGGCACUGGAUCCACCAGUGCUCAGCACCCAGGGAGCAGUGCUGCCUGCCACACACAGGCCUUGCCAACCUUGGAGAAAAGGCACAUGGCACUCUCCACCACAGGUUGGAGCCAUGGGGGCCGUCCUGGCGACCUGUCAUCUGGUGCCACGCUGUGCUCACUCCAGUUUUCUGCUCAGGGUUGGAAGCAAUUGCUGUCUCCCCUUUAUCCCUCACCAUGACUCUGCCCUGGGCACAGUGCCAGUCCCCUGGAUGGGGAGGGAGCCCGGUGGGCCCCAGGGCUUAAGGAGCUUCAGGUGGGCCUCUCUGCCUCUCCCUGCACCCAGCACAAUCUGCAGAGAUGAGGCGGGUGGCUGGAUAGCCAGGCUUCAUGGCAGGGGUUUGCACAGGGCUGUCCCCAACUGUAACCCAGGCAGGGUGGGGUCCGAAGCCUGGUCAUAGCCCAGCGGGGCCCUGUGUACAGACACAUCUGCAUUUUAUCAAUAAAGCCUUUGCUCCUC